AUGCCCAAGUGUUUUAUGAACUCCGUGAGGCCGUUAAGAGGAUUUUUCAUUCAUAACUCAGAUGAAGUAAUAAAAUCAUCUCGAGGGCCAAAAAUGUCGCUAAAAAAACAGAAGACUCUUUUAAAAAACAACGAAACCAUAUACAACGACAAAGUACCAAUUUCCACGCGCUUUUAUCUCCAACUUUUAAAGAAAAGUCAGUUCCUAUCGCAUUUUAUUGACAAUGAGAACUACGACUACGCAUCUGAAACCGAAAAGCCGAUUAUUUCAGAGGUUAAUAAGAAAAAUAAUACGAAUCAAAAACGUGAAGCCGAUAAAUCCACGUACAAUCUACGAUCUUCCGAAAGAACGGUAAGGAAAGUAUUCUGCGAAAAACCUAGAAGACGGAAAAAGAAGAUUAUAGAAGCACAAGAGAAGACCAUUGAGAAAAAAAUAAUAAAAGAGCCUCUUGCUCCAAUAAUAGAAGAGUUGAAAAGCAGGGAACCUCUUAAAAGUUCAUUUAGAGGAUCUGAAAUCGACAAAAUUGCAGAAAAGCUUAAAAGCCUGGUACGCAGUAAUGAAGAAGAGAAGCUAACUAAAGAGUUGCUGUACUGCAAAGAGUCAUUUGAGAAGGAGAAUUUGAUUCCUGAUAGCAAUAAUACAGUCUUGAAAGAGGAUUAUAAAUGUGCUGAAGAACGGCGUCCAAGGCCAUGCCACGUGUGUUCGUACUGCGGCAAAAGCUUUGAUAGGCCGUGGGUGCUCAAAGGACAUCUGCGCCUGCACACCGGAGAAAGGCCAUUUCCAUGUCCAUACCCGCAUUGCGGUAGAACCUUCGCUGAUCGUUCGAAUCUUCGCGCCCAUCAACGCACUCGUGGUCAUCACUCGUGGCAAUGGCGUUGCCAAAAUUGCGGCAAAGCUUUCAGCCAGAACAGAUACUUGGAGAGACAUAGAGCUGACGCUUGCAAAAGAUAUAAGCUAAAUACAAGGCAAGCCCACAGUACAACUCUACCAAACAAGGAAAGCAUUCCACUUUACGGUGUUAUACGAAGAAAUGUACUUACUAAACCAGAUGUCAAUAUUUAUUGUAAAGAUUUUAAUGAAGAGCCAAUAGAUUUGUCGAUUCGGAAAAGAAUGGAUUGA